AUGGCCGAGGAUCCAGUGUGGGAAGAUUCGACUGUAGAUACAAUUAAUCCGAAUGUUUUUCGUAAAGAAUUUCGCCGACCUUUUAAUGAACCUGACGGUCCUAUUACUUGGAAUCAAAAUAUUCGAGGAUUAUUCACUGAGAAUAAUGCUCGUUGUAUGAUUUCCAAGAAUAAAAAUCUCACUUCAUACGAUGACGUGAAAGAUAAUGCCGAAUUGAUUUAUCAAAAAUUGUCUCGUAAGGAAAUGCCUCCGGGAGAUCCUUGGUCUGAAUAUCAGAUUGGACUGUUUAAAAGGUGGAUGGAAGGAGAAAAGGAUAAGGAUGGAAAUUUUGAACAAUUUCGAUUGGGACCUACUCCUUCAGCAACUGAUUACGGUAAAAAAAUCAGGGAUGCUCCGUAUAAAUAG